UUUACGACGGGCGGGGUUGCUUUGUGGCUGUUAACUUUCUCCGUGGUCUGAGCUACAGUGUCGUGGUGGCAUCAGCUCCGACGGCGCAGAAAUGAGGCAGAAGCGGAAAGGAGAUCUCAGCCCUGCUGAGCUUAUGAUGCUGACUAUAGGAGAUGUUAUUAAACAACUGAUCGAAGCCCAUGAACAGGGGAAAGACGUUGAUCUUAAUAAGGUGAAAACCAAAACAGCUGCCAAAUAUGGCCUUUCAGCCCAGCCCCGCCUAGUGGACAUCAUCGCUGCAGUCCCUCCUCAGUAUCGGAAGGUCUUGGUCCCCAAGUUAAAGGCAAAACCCAUCAGGACUGCUAGUGGGAUUGCUGUUGUGGCUGUGAUGUGUAAACCCCACAGAUGUCCACACAUCAGUUUUACAGGAAAUAUAUGUGUAUACUGUCCUGGUGGACCUGAUUCAGAUUUUGAGUAUUCAACGCAGUCUUACACUGGAUAUGAGCCAACUUCUAUGCGAGCUAUCCGUGCUAGAUAUGACCCUUAUCUACAGACAAGACACCGGAUAGAACAGUUAAAGCAACUUGGUCACAGUGUGGAUAAAGUGGAGUUUAUUGUGAUGGGAGGAACAUUUAUGGCCCUUCCAGAAGAAUACAGAGAUUAUUUUAUUCGAAAUUUACAUGAUGCCUUAUCGGGACAUACCUCCAACAAUAUUUACGAGGCUGUCAAGUAUUCUGAGAGAAGCCUCACAAAGUGUAUUGGAAUUACUAUUGAGACUAGACCAGAUUAUUGCAUGAAGCGGCACCUAAGUGACAUGUUGACCUAUGGCUGCACAAGGCUGGAGAUUGGGGUGCAGAGUGUCUAUGAAGAUGUGGCCAGGGAUACCAACAGGGGCCACACUGUGAAGGCAGUAUGUGAGUCGUUCCACUUGGCCAAAGAUUCCGGAUUCAAAGUUGUGGCUCAUAUGAUGCCUGAUCUGCCAAACGUGGGACUAGAAAGAGACAUUGAGCAGUUUACAGAGUUUUUUGAGAACCCUGCUUUUCGUCCUGAUGGUUUGAAGCUCUACCCUACCCUGGUCAUUCGUGGAACUGGGCUGUACGAGCUUUGGAAAUCGGGAAGAUACAAGAGUUAUUCUCCUAGUGACCUGAUUGAACUGGUGGCUCGAAUCCUAGCCCUUGUGCCUCCAUGGACUCGAGUGUACCGAGUGCAGAGAGAUAUUCCCAUGCCUUUGGUCAGCUCAGGAGUGGAGCAUGGCAACCUGAGGGAGCUGGCGUUUGCGAGAAUGAAGGACCUUGGAAUACAGUGUCGAGAUGUGAGAACCAGAGAGGUUGGAAUCCAAGAAAUUCAUCACAAAGUACGGCCCUAUCAGGUUGAAUUGGUAAGGAGAGAUUAUGUUGCAAAUGGAGGCUGGGAAACAUUCUUGUCAUAUGAAGAUCCUGAUCAAGACAUUCUGAUUGGCCUCCUGCGGUUACGAAAGUGCUCAGAGGAAACUUUCCGUUUUGAGUUGGGUGGAGGUGUGUCCAUAGUCCGGGAACUGCAUGUGUAUGGAAGUGUAGUCCCUGUGAGCAGCCGGGAUCCUACUAAAUUUCAGCAUCAGGGAUUUGGCAUGCUGCUGAUGGAGGAGGCAGAAAGAAUAGCUCGAGAAGAACACGGAUCUGGGAAAAUAGCUGUUAUUUCAGGGGUUGGCACCAGGAAUUACUAUAGAAAGAUUGGCUACAGAUUACAAGGCCCAUAUAUGGUAAAGAUGCUCAAAUAAUGGCUGCACCAGUCCACCUUGAUGCCRUCUGCUCCCUGGCAGAAGACGGAGAAGCAGGAGUUCUUGAAAAUUCAGCAGAGAGGCUGAACAAAGCCCAUGGACCUACACUGUCCCCUGGCAAGGAGCUUCACCCUCAUCCUGUGGCUGCAGAGACUGGAAACUGCUUUCAGAGCCGGGGCCAGAUGUCUGCUGACCGAGCCCCACAGCAGUCAUCUCCUGUGUGUCCCCAAGAAGUCACUUCAGUUUUUGAGGYUUAAAUCAUUUAUCCAAUUUCUGCAUUCUGCAUGAGGCCUGCAAGUGACCUGUUUGGCUCAGACACAGUGACAAAAGUAUAUCAACUCAUUUGAACAGCAUGACCUGUGAAAUAAGACUCGUGACUGUCAUUUGAAGAGCAGCCUCCGGAGUAGUUAUUUAUAUACUCCAGGGACAGAAGUCAGGUUGGACAUAKGAAAACGGUCAGACUUAAACCUCUGGCCUUUAGCUACAUAUGCAUUUGCCCACAAGUUAAGAAAAUGACCUUUUGUUUUCAUGGAAAUCAUUCUGGUCACUGUGCCGAGUUUUGAAAUGAGACUGUGGCUUGUGAUGAUGUUCACACUCUCGGACGACCCUGAGCCUGUCGUCACAGAGCCUCUUUUUCACAGUGUGAUUGUCUGUUCUUCCCACACCCAUGACGGCUGCAGACCCCAGGUGUGGUUCCAGAAAGYGUUGGCCUGUCCAGUUGUCUGUCCUGAUGGACAGUCCAUCCUGCGUGGUCAGAGGCUGUGUGGCUCUAAUGAGGACCUGCCUGCAAUCUCAGAACCCUCAGUUCUCUAAGAAGGAUGUUGGCUUGUGUUAAGUGGAGAAAGCAAAAAAAAAAAAAAA